GUCAUGCAGCGGUGGUGGUGGCUCCUGCUAGGAUUGUGGACGGUCCUGCCCACGGGAACAGGGGACAAGCUGCUCAAUGUCUGCAUGAAUGCCAAACACCACAAGAGGGAGCCGGGCCCAGAAGAUGAGCUCUAUGUAGAGUGCGAGCCCUGGAAGGACAACGCCUGCUGCACACCCACUACGAGCUGGGAAGCUCACCUGGAUGUGUCCCCGCUCUACAACUUCAGCUUCGUUCACUGCGGAUUGUUGACCCCAGACUGUCAUAGGCACUUCAUCCAAGCCAUCUGCUUCUACGAGUGCUCCCCAAACCUGGGGCCAUGGAUCCAGCCAGUGGACCCCAGUGGGCCAGAGCAGCGAGCUAUGGACGUGCCACUGUGCCACGAGGACUGUGAGCAGUGGUGGGAAGACUGCCGCACGUCAUACACUUGCAAAUCCAACUGGCAUGGCGGCUGGGACUGGAGUCGGGGGAGGAACCGCUGCCCUGCAGAGGCCCCCUGCCGCCCGUUCCCCCACUACUUCCCCACCCCAGCUGACCUGUGUGAGAAGAUUUGGAACAACACCUUCAAGGCAAGCCCGGAGCACCAGGGCAGUGGACGGUGUCUUCAGAAGUGGUUCGAGCCUGCACAGGGCAACCCCAAUGUGGCUGUGGCCCGCCUCUUCGCCAGCCCUGCCCCAGCCUGGAAGCUCCCCUCCACCCUUGUGGGCUUCUCUCUGUUCCUGCCGUUCCUCCCCUAACAGCGCUGCCCUCUCCCACCAGCGAUGGGCCAGGCUGUGGCCACCUCCUUCCUCAGGCCCUUUCCUGAAGAGGCAGUGGCUGGGGCCCGAGCCCUGGUGGUUGGUUCUGAGACCCCCUGCCCUGAUUGGCCUGGGAGACAGCUGGAGGCAGGGAAUGCCAAGGAGACCCACCCUCUCCUGCCCUGGGGGAUGGGAGCUGUGAAGGACUCAAGGCCCUUCUUAGCCAAUACACGCCCUCCUCCUCCCAUUUCAAAGGUGGUGGUGAGAGCCCUGGCCUCCUGUCCUGUGAUCUCCCUAAUAAAACAGCAAUCGCCUCU